AAGGGUAGGAGAGAAAAGCCAUGGCCGGUGAGUCUUUUACUGUUCCAAGAACAGGUCCCUGGGAAGAAAGAGUUGUGGAAAGGGCUGGCUCUUCUGGAAGCCAUAAUUAGUAUCUGUGGAAGUUUAGACAAGGUCCUGAAGGAGAAGAGAAAGCUGUUUAUCCAUUCCAUGGGUGAAGGUACAAUAAAUGGCUUACUGGAUGAAUUAUUACAGACAAGGGUGCUGAACCAGGAAGAGAUGGAGAAAGUAAAAUGUGAAAAUGCUACAGUUAUGGAUAAGACCCGAGCUUUGAUUGACUCCGUUAUUCCGAAAGGGGCACAGGCAUGCCAAAUUUGCAUCACAUACAUUUGUGAAGAAGACAGUUACCUGGCCCGGACGCUGGGACUCUCAGCAGCUCCUCAGGCAGUGCAGGACAACCCAGCUAUGCCCACAUCCUCAAGCCCAGAAGGCAGAAUCAAGCUUUGCUUUCUAGAAGACGCUCAAAGGAUAUGGAAACAAAAGUUGCAGAGGUGCCAUGUUCAGAAUACAAUAAUAAAGUGGAGUGAAAGAUAUACUUCAGGCAGUUUUGAAAUGCAGUGGCUUUUUCUUAGAACCAAUUUUAUUGAGCGGUUCUGGAGGAUCAUACUUCUGCUCCCCUUGCAUAAAGGAACUCUAUAUCCUAGAAUCCCAGGUUUAGGUAAAGAGUUGCAAACUGGAACUCAUAAAUUAUCUUAGUCUUCACCCAGUCUGUCUCUUAGAAUUUAUUUCCCACUGACAAAAACAAGCCAUUUUGUCUGCUUGUAUAACCCAGAUUUUCCAGUGUAGUGCCCAGUUGGAAAAAAGCACAUCACAUUGAACAAGUAUUGAAGUGGACUCUCGCUUCUCACCCAAUUCUCCAACUUGUGUUUACCAAGAAUUGGAGUCAGUUUUUUACCUGUUGUUCCUAUUCAUAAAAUGAAAUUAAUAUUUAUUUAACAUAUUGAAAUGAAGCAUAUGAAUAAUUUAGAAGCACUUUACCAAAAAGUGCAUUUUAACAUUACCUUGCUUCUGGGCUAUAGCUUAUGACUACUAUAAAUGAGAGGUAUAGUGGCAUGCUCUCUACACCAGGCAUUGCAUCUUAGAAGGUAAGAAUGAUAAUGAGGCCCCUCCUAUACAUGAGAACACGGAGGAUGGGAGAUGUUAAAUAACUUGGUUAAGAUCUACAGCUCAUAAAUAGAAGUUGACCCUAGGGCUAUUAGACGCCAAAGUCCACACUGAUAAGCCGGGCAGAAAGAAAGAGGCUUUUAGACAAAGAAAAAAUAAAAUAACAUGUAAUAGUUGAUUAGUGCUCUAAGUUGUAUUACACAAAAUGUGCUGAUAGUCCAAAAAUAUAACUAAGAAGAGUUGGAUAAACUGAAAGGGUCCAUGAACUUCUAAGGCUUGGAAAUGGGAUGGCCAAAACCCAAGCACAGAAUUUUCUGCCUUCUAUGUCAGAGAUUUUUAUAGUACCUACUCUGUCAUUUAAAAUGAUAUUGUUUCCCAGACUUCACACUGACAGGAUUUUAUAACAUUAUGCACAUUUAAAAUAUUACUUAUAAUAGAAUUGUUACAUUCAUUCAUUUUGAGAUGAUUUUACCUUUGUAAUUCUAUUUUCCAAGUACACAUUUAAGUCAACAAUUUGGUUCCCAUAAAUUAUAUCCACUCUGUCUACAAUUCCCCAUCCAACUUGGGUGGUUGGUAAUUACAACUCAGUCACUAUAAGAACAACUUCCUCUUACCAAAAUUUUUACAAAUUUGUGGAAUGUGUCCAGCCAGAAAUCAACAAAAAAAUAUAUAUUAUUACAACCACUGA